AUGUCAUAUAUUUCUAGUUGGCCUGUGUUUAUAGAGUGUGAUCCAUGCACAAAGUUUUGGAAUAGAAAUGAAUGUGUUAUUGAUCAUAAUAUUUUAAUGAAUGAAGAAUUAAUGAAAACAGAUCAAAAGAAUAUUAUAAUUAAAGAAUAAACAUAUAUUCUAACCAAUUAGGGUUAAUUUUACUAUUAGAAACAAAAUAAAUUGAGAUGGGUUUAAUUAAAUACAUCAAUAAGUGUUAAACUUAUAGAAUUAAAGUUACCUCAAAGAGAACAUGAUGUUGUAAAAGUAAUCCGAAUAAAGAGAAAUUAAAGAGUAUACGCAUGCUUUUGGAGUUUAGAUUUGUAAUUGUUUAACUGAUUACAGUUAGAAGACAUUCUAAUAUUUUAAAAGAAUAGCAGGAUUUUGUGUAUGUUAGAAUUUUGAACAACUUUACACAAUAUAAGAUCUAUUGGGAAAAGGUGGAUAUUCAAAAGUGUAUCAAUUGUGUCCAGUGAAUAGAUUACCUUAUUAGUAGUAAUAUUAUGCUGGCAAAAUAUAUAAUAAAGUUGAAGUAAAUUCAAAAAAGAACUUAAUUUAAAUAUCACAUUUAAUAAGAUAAGAAUGUGAAAUACUCAAAAAGUUAAAUUCACCAUUCAUUAUAACUUUAUUUGAAAUCAUUUAAUUAGAUGAACAAUUAAGUAAUGAGUUUAUGAAUAUGUUAUAGUUUUGAUAACAGAACUACUAAGAAGUGGAUCAUUAUAUUAAUUACUUAAAGAGAAAGUUCGAAUACAAGAAAUUGAAGCUAAUGGAAUUAUAUUAAGAAUUGCUUUAGGAUUACAAUGUCUACAUAAGUAAAUGGGAUAAUUAAUUUAGUUUAGGGUAUGUUCAUAGAGAUAUUAAACUUGAAAAUGUAUUAUUAGAUAAAGAUUAGAUCAAAAUUAUUGAUUUUGGAUUUGCAGAAUAAAUAAAUAGAGAAGUAUUGACUUCAGGAUAAGGAACUAUUGGUUAUAUGGCACCAGAAAUCUUUUAAGAUUAACCAUAUACAGAAUUAGGAGAUGUAUUUAGUUUAGGAGUAGUAUAUUAUCUAUUAUUGACUGGUAAAUCUCCAUUUAGAGGACAUAAUUAAGAUAAUAUUAUGAGAGCAAAUAAAUUAUGUGAAGUUGAUUUUAGUGAAUAUUGUUUUGUAAAUGUGAGUCAAAAAGUUAUUAACUUAGUCAAAGCAAUGCUUUAAAGAAAUCCAAAAAAUAGAAUUAGUCUAAAUGAAGUUAUUCAAUCAUUGAGAACUUAAAAUCCAAUGAUGGAUUAUCCUUAUCAUACUAAUUCAGUUGAUGGCUCUUAAAUGACUAAAUAAGCUGGAAUUAGAUCUCUCUAUUUAUUAAGUCAAAAUUCUUAAGAUUCUCUAAGAGGUUAGAAAGCUUAGUAGAAUAGAUUAAAUGUUACAGAUAAAUUCGUUGUGAAGACAAGUACGUUUCGACCUUCACUUGUUAAUUUAGAUAGUAGUCAUAAUGAAAAUGAAGACUUAGAGGAUAAUCAUCUACCUGGAUCUGUUGUGGAAUUCUUGUUUGUUUCAAUGAACAUUAUGAAUAACAAUAAAUUUCCAUGA